GUUUGGACAAAGUGGAAGCAGAGUGAAUCAUUAUUUAUUCAAAAAUUAAUAAUAAUAUGCACUGGCAUGUGUAUCUUUUGCUGGGAUUUUGCGGCUUCCAGCUGGGAGGUGGCGCCUCUGUUUACGAUGCCACAGGACGGUUGAAUCUCAGUGCCACUUGUCCGGAUGUCUUCUGCCAUGUGAAUAAUCAGCUGGUGGCCUAUUCAAGCACUCCAGCUCUUCAGGUGCUGGAGCUACACUUAACGAACUGCAGUCGCCAAUCGGUGGCAUGGCUGGUGCUCAACUUGACGCCCAGUCUCCGGACGCUGGUAAUCAGGGACUGCGCCAGCUAUCAUAUCAGCAAAGAGAGCCUGAGGCCAGUGGCAAAUCUUACGUCGCUUCAAAUGCAACGCUCGAGUCUGGGAGUGCUCAGGGAUGAGCUGUUCACUACGGUGCCUCGCCUGUUAAUUCUCGAAUUGGGUUACAACACCAUCCACACAGUGCACAGCGCAGCAUUCAUGGGCUUAGCCAAGCUCCAAUUUUUGGGACUGCAGGGCAAUGGAUUCCAGGAGAUUCCGGCUAAGACCUUUGAUGCUCUGGCUGAGCUUCGGCAUCUGGACUUGAGUGGCAACCAGCUUACGGAUUUGCGAGAGGAGAUCUUCGCAAAGAAUACCCAACUACAGACCCUGCUGUUGAAUGGCAACAACUUGGGGACCCUCCAUUCAGGAACUGUGGGCUCUCUUCCGAAUCUCCAGCUGCUUGAUAUAAGCCACGCUGGAGAGUUGAAAUUUCAGACCCUGACUUUAAGCAGCAUCCAGACUCUGAUGGUGGAGAACAGUCAACUAAGCGAAUUGAUCAUAAGUGGAAGUUUGAUAAGGUUGCACGCCGCAAAUAAUGAGCUGAGUAACAUUCAACUGGGCAACAAGAGCUUGGUCCUAGAAAUGGAUCUCCGAGGUAAUCUGCUGGAUGAGAAUGAUAUCCCCGACUUGGUCCGAGGCAUGUGGAACCUGGAGAGAUUGGAUCUGUCCAGGAACAGGAUAGAGUCACUGCCCAUGCAUAGCAGUGGGUCGAGCGAAGGUCCGCAUUUCCAGGAGCUUUUCCUCUUGCCCAGCCUGAAGUACCUCAACUUGGCCAACAACCAAGUGGUGCGCUUGCCUCCGGACUCACCCAUUCUCUCGUCGCAUCUCAAGAUCUUGGACCUGUCCCACAACCUCAUACUGACCUUGGAGGUAGAGAGAUUGACGGGUCUGCCGAAUCUGGAGAGUCUGUUUCUGGAGGGAAACCGCCUGAGUUCCUUCGACUAUCAGGUCUUCCAUCAUCAGCACGAAGGUCUCCAGUGGCUGGGGCUGCAUGACAACUCCUGGGGGCCUGGUCUGUACCGCAGGAUGUACACUUACUUCACCGAUCGAGGGGUUCACGUGCAUGGAAACACCCCUCAGACGAGCAGCAGUCUAGUGGACACGGAAGGCCAAGCAGAGGCCCAGAAACUGGAUCCAGUUGGAGUCUCGGGAAUACACCCCUAUUGGACGCUGAGGGAUAUUCUUGCCUUUGUCACCCUGCUGGUGGUUUUGGCCAUUCUCCUGAUGAAUCUCUACAACAUCCUGGAGGAGGAGGGCUGCUUGCGGAGAUUCCGCCGCUGGAGAAGGUCGAAUGUCCCGGGAGGAGCCACCACCACAACUAGGAGCCGUGCCCGCCGCCUCAACGAGCAGGACUCUGAACCCAGUUCCAGCGACUAGAUGGGAAGUCUGGCCAAGUGGAAUCGCAAACCAAAUAAACGUCACUUUGAUGUCAAUUUAGCGCUAGUGUUUUCUCUUUUCCAAGCGUGCUGUUCACUAACUUGUUUGUCAAUAUCAAAUGCUACCCUGUAAUAUUAAAUUAGAUAAAUAAAGGUUGUAAAUACAAAUAAUUGAACUUA